CCCAGCUGUCUGUCAAGCUAAAUCACCCACCGUGAUCGCUAGGCCAAGCAAACCCGGCACCUGUGAUUGGCUGGGUGGCUUGCCUAUAGGGAAUGCGGAUGUAAUGUUCCAGCGAAUGUUCCAUAGUGUAAGGGUGAAUGCAGACCUGCACGUCUCAUCAGGAACCCGCGCGUCUGUCAUCAAACAGCAGUAGUUCGGUGUUAUAGAAGACAAGAUGACAUCAAAACCACCUGACAAAGGUGGGACAGAGACAACAAAGUCAAAAGAUGCAUCAAGUAAAAAACUGGAGCCUCAAAAACCAACAGUGAAAAUAGAGAUUCCAAGAUGGCUGUUUUUCAGUACAUCAGUCUUUAUUGGCUUUGUUUCUGUCAUGAUAGGCAGCUACCUGGCUUAUGUCAAGCUGAUUCCAAAAACGCCAAACAUGGACAUUCUCUAUAAUGUUGGCAUUGAAGGUGUGCAGCUGUUCGAACAGCACGACAGAGAUGGAGAUGGUUAUUUGUCAAUUGAAGAAUUUGAACCAUUCAUAUACAGGCUUCUAGAGUCAAAUGUGACAGGCUUGGUGUAUGAUGUCCCUAUCGAGGAGGAGGAUGAAGUUGUCACCAUCAAGGCCUACAUUGAUCCUCUUAGACAGGAGACAAUGACCAAAGACUUUAAUGAGCAGUAUGGUGGGCUGGACGCAUUUGCUGGCUUGAAGAAUUGGCGUAAGCCUGCCAUAGAAUGGAUGAACUUUGGUGCACGCCAUUUUUCUGUGUUCCUACCACCAAAUAUAGAGACAGCAGACCUGGGAGACGUGUACCAAAUUGUGAACACCCAGUCAUCAAUGUUUGGCUCCAUAAUCGGUUCCAGUCUGUCCAGCAAUCGGUACUACCCACCCAAGGUGGUGGACUCUAAUGUGAUGAUUCACAGACUCCUCACCAUGUUCCAUUCACGACCAUUUAUCAUAUCACGCUUCGCCCCGACUGGUAGCGUGGCAACUGUCAGGGCCAUGAACGACAAGUACUUUGAUAUACAGUUCAGGAUUCAUGCCGAGUUUCAGCUGAACGAACCUCCAUAUCAUCCUUACUGGUAUACACCGGCCCAGUUCAUGGGCAAUGUCAUCAUGGCACGGGACAGCUCACAUAUCCUCUACUUCAACCUGUACUGCCCCACGGACAAGAAACUUAAUGUUGACAUGGAGUGGCUGAAUGGGCCCAAGGAGAACGAGAACAUGGAGGUGGACAUUGGCUUCAUGCCGCUGAUGAAACUGAACAACACAGCACCGUCCGAGAAGGCACUUCAUGGCGACCUACUUCUGAAUGACUCCAUGAAGGCAGAGAACCCUAAUCUGCCCGAACUUGCGUCCGAGGUGGAGUGGAUGUCUGAAAUUUCACUUGAAGAUGCUAUAAGAGUGCUUGAAGUCAAAUUGUACCCAUUUAAGAAGGUUCCAUAUUACAAUUUUACAGAAGCUUUUAAAAGAGCAAAGACAGAGAAGAAGCUAGUGCACUCGAUCAUAUUAUGGGGUGCCCUAGAUGACCAGAGCUGCUGAGGUUCGGGGCGGACUCUCAGGGAAACCACCCUGGAGAGCCCGCCCGUCACUCAGCUCCUGUCUGAGAACUUCAUUAGUUCCUGGUCCCUGUUAGCGGAACUAGAGGAAAUGAAGAAGGACUCCAGUGAGCCUGAGCUUGCAAAGAAGGCAGAGGAGAUUAUCACUAACUAUAACUUCCCUGUCAUGAUGAUGGUGAUUCUGCCAAAUGGCACCAUCAUUAACAAGUUAAAUGCCAAUGAUUUCCUGGACAUGGACACUUCCAUUCUUGAGUCAGGAUUUUCUGAACCAUCCAGCUACAACUAUGUCAAGUUUCUAAAAGAAGGCAUACAGAAAGCAGCUUCUGCCGCAUAAAGCUUCCAUAUCCUGCUUUCAUGACAACAUAUCCAACAAUAUAGUGAAUCUCAGAUGACAGUAUUGACAGAUAAAUGUAUAAAUAUUCAAAAGUAUUGGAUGUUACCUUUCAAGCCCUAUAGAAACUGCAGAGCUACAAAUAACUUUUCGGGUCAUUGAGUUAUGUACUCACUUGUCUUCAUCUCAGUUGGGUAUCCUAAUUUUCCUUUGAGUAACCAAAUAAAUUGUACUCACCUCACUCAAACUCAAUUGGGUAUUUUGCCAUUUUCCAUUAAUUUUUAGAAGUUUUGAUGCCACUGAAAUUACUACAAAUAUGUUUGGACUAAAACUAUUUACUCAUAACAUACAGAUACAUCAAUGUUUUAUUUGUGUUUAUGCAUAAGAUAUCAAAAGAAGUAUGACAAUAUACUUACAUAAGAUGUAUAUCCAAUAGUUUGACUUUCAAGACCUCUGUCAGUUGGCACAUAUCGUUUCAAAAUAUAUUUCUAUGUGCACAUAUCUUGAAGUAUGCAAACAGUUAAGAGAAUAUUCAAAACAAAUCAAACCAACAGUGAAUGUGGAGAGUAUGUUUAAAUCUGUGGAUUGACUGUAUACCGGUAAUAUUGUGCUUCUUUCAUUAUAUUCAGCAUGUGCCUGUCUGAUGGUGAGGAUGGGAAAUACCAUUGUCGUAGAAGUAGGUGUAGCCAUAGCUUAAAACCAUGAAAAACGAUCUGAUUGUAUUGCAUUUUUAUGGGGCAAGUUGAGAUUAAAAGACUUGUGACCAUAUUAUGUUUUAUGUAGAUUUAGUUAACAUAAAUCCAGAAAUGACCUCAAGAAAA